CUCUUUCAGAGUUUUUGAUUCUCUCUCUUCUCCGAAAUGAUGUUUCAGAUUACAAAGAGCAAACUUCGUUUCCCUCUCUCAACAUUCACUAAGAGAUACUCAUCAUUUCAAGCUGCUAAAUCGGUGAUUGACAAGGCUGCAAUCGAUGGGGAGCUCAGAGUUUUCAUCGUCUCCGGCGAAGUUUCCGGCGAUAACAUCGGUUCUCGUCUUAUGUCCUCGCUUAAAAAGCUCUCUCCUUUACCCAUCCGUUUCAAUGGAGUUGGAGGAUCCUUGAUGUGCAAGAAAGGAUUGAAUUCGUUGUUUCCAAUGGAGGAUUUGGCUGUAAUGGGUGUAUGGGAGCUUUUGCCACAUUUGUAUAAAUUCCGUGUGAAGUUGAAGGAGACUAUUGAUGCUGCGGUUAAGUUUAAGCCACAUGUUGUUGUGACUGUUGAUUCAAAGGGCUUCUCUUUCCGUUUACUUAAGGAGUUACGAGCUAGAUACAAGCAGCAGCGGUUGGAAAAUUGUUCUGUGCAUUUUCACUAUGUCGCACCGUCGUUCUGGGCUUGGAAAGGAGGAGAGUCAAGACUUGGAGGUCUGUCUGAAUUCGUUGAUCAUCUUUUCUGCAUUCUUCCGAACGAGGAAAGGGUUUGUAGGGAGCAUGGGGUUGAAGCAACGUUUGUUGGACAUCCUGUUCUUGAGGAUGCUUCUGAGUUCGACCUUGUGAGAAGGUGCAAGCCUCAGGAACUGAAACUUGAAGGCUUGAGUUUUAGCGAACACUCAAUACCUUCUGACUCCACUGUCAUUUCGGUUCUACCGGGGAGCAGAUUACAAGAAGUUGAAAGAAUGCUACCCAUAUUUUCCAAAGCAAUGAAGCUACUCAAAGAUCCGUUUCCAAAACUAGUAACGCUUAUCCACGUCGCAUCCAAUAAUCAAGUUGAUCAUUACAUUGGAGAAUCCUUCAGUGAGUGGCCAGUUCCAGCAAUACUAGUCCCUAGUGGAUCCACUCAGCUUAAAUAUGAUGCCUUUGGCGCGAGUCAGGCUGCAUUAUGCACUUCAGGAACAGUUGCUGUUGAGUUGCAGCUUGCUCAUCUACCUUCCCUUGUUGCUUACCGAGCACAUUUUCUAACAGAGCUAUUAAUCCGUUACAAAGCCAAGAUACCUUAUAUUUCUCUCCCAAACAUUCUCCUAGACUCCCCAAUCAUUCCUGAAGCUUUGUUUCAAGCUUGUAACCCUUCAAAUCUCGCAUCGAUACUAGAGAGACUACUCUUGGAUGAAAAGAUGAGAGAAAGACAAGUUGUUGGUGCUGAGAAGUUGAUACAGCUCUUGCAUCCGUCAGAAAGCAGAAUGGGCAACUCAAUUCAUUGCACUGGUUUGGAAUCUCAUCGAUAUACGCCAAGCAUUUUAGCAGCUUCGACUAUUCUUAGUUAUGCCAGGCGUUAAAAACUAUCGUGAGUCACAUGCCUUUGUUUGAUACUAGAGUACGCUGAGAUACUUGCUAUAAUCUAAGGUUGAAUUUUUUUCAUAAGAGUUCUAACAUAUGGUAAAUUACAGUUAAAGGCGAAAUGAUCCAUGUAGAUUAGAAUGUCUCAGCUUAUUUGG